GGCAGCCCUACCCCAACCCCCGUACCGCACGCACUGCCCAUAUCGGUCAACGGGUCGACAAUAGUGUUAACCAAUAACGGCACGGCAUUCUUGCUCAUCAUAAACGGCACUUUCUCAGCCUCAUUAACUCCCAUCAUCAACACUACCAGUCCAGUAACCCCCUCCCCCUCCAUCACUGGCACAACCACAACGCCCGGCCCACCACCACAGCCGCACAUAAAACCCGUGGUAUACAACCGGUGCGACAAUACGCACUGCACAGCACCCGUACCCUCCAAACUGAACGUACAUCUCGUCCCUCACACCCACGACGACGUCGGUUGGCUCAAGACUGUGGACCAGUAUUACUACGGCUCCCAAUCGGAGACCAAGAAGGCGGGCGUACAGUAUAUUAUUGAAUCAGUGAUACAAUCGCUGCUACGGGCAGAGCACCGGCGGUUCAUUUAUGUUGAGACGUCAUUCUUCUGGAUGUGGUGGCGCGAACAGGACGAGGAUUACCGGCAUCAGGUCCGCAAACUAGUCAAUGAGGGUCGACUCGAGUUUAUUAGCGGCGGUUGGGUAAUGCACGACGAGGCUACCACCCAUUAUCAGAGUAUUAUCGACCAGAUGACCUGGGGCCAUCGACGCCUACGGGACAUGAUUGGCCAGUGUGUUGUGCCCCGCAUUGGGUGGCAGAUCGACCCGUUCGGCCACAGCCGGGAAUCGGCGCACUUGUCGGCUAUGUUUGGCUUUGACGGCCUGUUUUUCGCCCGAUUAGACUACGAGGACCAAAAGCUCCGGUCGGCUGAAAAGCGCAUGGAGUUUAUAUGGGAGGGUUCGGAUGAUAUCGGUAGAAGUGCCGACAUAUGGACCCACGUUAUGGCCGGCGCGCUGUACGGCCCGCCCAAAGGGUUUGACUGGGAGGGCAACGAUGAGCCCAUUAUCGACAACCCGGAGUCCGAAGACUAUAAUGUGGACAGAAUUGUGGACAAGUUUUUAAAUUACACUCGGUCGCAUUCAACCAAUUACUCCACUAAUCAACUGCUAAUUCCUAUGGGUAUGGACUUUAAUUUUCAGUCGGCCAACUCUUGGUUCACGAACAUGGACAAACUGAUCCGGUACACCAACGCCCGGCAGAGUAACGGAUCCAAUAUAAACGUGUUUUACUCGACGCCCACCUGUUAUCUGGCGGCUGUCCAUCAGUCCAACAACAUUUUCACCACUAAAUCCGACGACUUUUUCCCAUACGCCGGGGACAACAACACCUAUUGGACCGGGUAUUUCACGUCCCGCCCGGCGCUCAAACGGUACGAAAGGGUUGGCAACAAUUUUUUACAGGUUUGCAAACAGUUGGACGUAUUGGCCGGUAUGGGCGGCGCUUACGAUAAGGAGGUGACGGCUCUACGCGAAUGGCAGGCUGUUAUGCAACACCAUGAUGCCAUCACCGGUACUGAACAACAACACGUGGCCAAUAAUUACGCCCUCAAACUGGCAAAGAGUAUCGCCGGCUGCGACCGGGUGGUGGACAGGGCUGUGGCCAAAUUGGCCGCAAAGUCAAUAGCCAACCGAACUGUCCAGUCUCUACCGGAUCAGCUAUUUUGCCAACAUUUGAAUGUAAGCGCCUGUGAGUGGACCGAGUCGUUGAACACAUCGCUAGCCGUUACGGUGUAUAACCCGUACGGACAGCCGGUGCGGCACAUCGUGCGACUGCCAAUAACAAAUUGGUCGUUACAAGUGCUGAACCCGACCGGAGCCCCCAUCUCUCAGACCUACGUGUUUCCCAUACCAGACCCCGUAUUGGAGUUAAAAGAGCGGGUCAGCGAAGCGGUAGAGGAACUAGUGUUUGAAGCGUCGGUACCGGCUCUUGGGUUUGCCACUUAUAUACUAAAACGUCAGGACACAGACAAUUCCCAAACAAAACCGGUAGUGCGCAAAGUGGAGGGUAACUUUUCGGUACAAACCCCCGGUUUUAACGUGCUUUUUGAUGGGUACGGACGGCUACAGGCGCUGCAGUUCCGUGACUCGGGUCGGACGGUAUCAUUGCAUCAAGAGUUUGCUUACUACCGAUCCUUCGCGGGCAACAAUUAUGGCCCAAACCGGGCGUCCGGGGCCUACGUGUUCCGACCCGAGCGACAGGUGGCCGACGUGAUCGACCCGUGCGACUGGUACUACAGGGCUCAAGUGGUGGAGAGUCCGCUACUCACACAAGUGUAUCAUAAGAUCAAGGAAGGCCUGUCCCAAGUGAUACGUAUAGAUCAUAGCAGUGACGCAAUCGAGUUUGACUACACGUGCGGACCCAUACCGGUGGCCGACGAGUUAGGCAAAGAGAUGGUGUUCCGGUGGCAGACAAACCUGACCACUGGCGGCGUGUUUUACACCGAUAGUAAUGGACGACAAACGAUGCGUCGGCGCCGCGACUAUCGGCCCACGUAUAACCUGACGGUUACUCAGCUGGUGUCGGGCAAUUACUACCCGGUGACCAAUUGGAUUGCUAUCAGGGACGAGGUGGCUGGUCUGCAAUUAACCAUGCUAAAUGAUAGGGCACAGGGAGGCACCGGGUUUAGAGAUGGGCAGAUCGAGUUGAUGGUUCACCGGCGUAUAUUACAAGACGAUGGUAUGGGUGUCGACGAGGCCCUCAACGAACCGGGUGUUGAUGGCAAGGGUCUGGUUAUAAGGGGUCGCUUUUGGCUACAAUUGGCUACAGUUGCUUCAGCGGCUGAGCUGCGCCGAGAGGCCGUCAAUAGACUGAUGAUGGAACCGGUGGUGACAUUUAGCAGGUUGGAUAAAGAGCCGACCCACUAUCAUAAGGAGCACCGGACCAACUAUACGGCACUGUAUAACCCGCUGCCCCGUAAUAUACAUUUGCUAACUCUGGAGCAAUGGGCGAAUCGGACCUUAUUGUUACGGUUGGAGCACUUUUACCAGUGGAAUGAGUCGCGCGAGUGGUCAACACCGGUAAGGGUUGAGCUCAGGGAUGUGUUCCGCGAGUUUGUGGUGUACGACGUGUUAGAGACCACUUUGAGCGCAACCGAGAAUAUUCUGGCCGUACGGCUCAGAUUCUGGGAAACUAAUGCCAAUAACCGCUUAUCUCCGCAGACUCACAGGUUUGAGCCCAAACGCCAUGAGCUAAACACUACGGAUCUGUCGGUCAUUAUUAACCCGAUGGAGAUUCGCACGUUUAUUGUUAGAACUAAGCCUAGA